UGAAGAAAUGGAAGAGAAGAAGCUCUCCACAGUUUCUCUUGCUUUACUGAUGCUGCUGUCACUAUGGCUGAUGAUAUCCCCAGCAUCGGCUUGCCCCCCAGAUCGCAGUGGAUGUAAAGGCUGCAUCGUAGAUCAGAUGAAGUACGCCUGCCCAUCAUGUGUGCCACUUCUCCGAUGCAUGGCCAAGUGCCUGUGGGGGGGUAGCUCAAGGCCCAAGUGUAUCAAGAGGUGUGACUGCAAUGCUGGGAAACCAAGACUUUCUGAUUGUAAGCAGUGCAUGUUGAGGUGCAAAUGUAGUUGUAUGGGAGUGUAAUAGAUGGAUUCCUAUUCAGAAUCCACUCUUUGGGGUGUAUAAACU